ACGCGAGUGUGCUCGCCUGAACGCCCGGAGAAGAGUCGAAGCACAGAGCCAGGUGACAGAACGCGGCGUUGGCAACAAGGUGGCGUGAGAGAGGUUCCAAGUGAAGGGGGCAAACAGACAUCACUCAUCCGAGACAGGAGCGGAGCGAGGCGGGGGAGGCGACCGACCCGACAGGCCGACCGCUGGAAUCCGUGACAUUUUUCCACCGGAACCUCUCUAGGGGCAACAUACGCACAGUGAGAAAGGGGAGACGCGGCGUAGUUUUCCUCAAGCUUCGAGGUGGUGUCUUGUUUGGUUGGUGAGGGAACGUGCGGACAGGCUGUCUCACACUAAACGAUGGAAUGCUCUCUGCACCCAACAUCACUAGUCUCCAAUCUUUGGACUCACCUCCGCAAGCUUAGUUAACAGCUGUGCUCCACCCCUCUUUCCGACCAGGGGACGAAGAAAAGGAGCGGGCCCCUCAAGUCCUCCGCCAUCCCCGGGCCACUUUCACUUUUUAGCGUAUUUAAGAUUGUAUUCUCUUCUUGUGUGCGGGGUGAAAACAUAUCAAAAUGGAUCUGGAAUCGUAUCUGUGGAUGGUGAUUUUUGGCUUCAUCAUCGCCUUCAUUCUGGCCUUUUCGGUGGGCGCCAAUGACGUGGCCAACUCAUUUGGCACGGCGGUGGGGUCCGGCGUGGUCACGCUGAAGCAGGCCUGCAUCCUCGCCUCCAUUUUUGAAACACUGGGAUCCAUGCUGCUAGGGGCCAAAGUGGGUGAGACCAUCCGCAAAGGCAUCAUCGACGUCAACUUGUACAACGACACGGUGCCUGUGCUCAUGGCAGGCGAGGUCAGCGCCAUGAUUGGCUCGGCGGUAUGGCAGCUCAUCGCCUCCUUCCUCAAACUGCCCAUUUCCGGAACCCACUGCAUUGUGGGCGCCACUAUUGGGUUCUCCAUGGUCGCCAUAGGCACCAAGGGCGUCCAGUGGAUGCAGCUGGUCAAGAUUGUGUCGUCGUGGUUCAUCUCCCCCUUGCUGUCUGGGCUCAUGUCCGGAGUCCUCUUCCUUCUUAUCAGGAAUACCAUUCUCAACAAGGAAGAUUCUGUCCCCAAUGGCCUGCGAGCGCUGCCCCUCUUUUACGCCACCACCAUUGGCAUCAACACCUUCUCCAUCAUGUACACAGGAGCGCCAUUGCUGGGGAUAGAGAUGCUGCCAGUGUGGGCCAUCUUUCUCAUCACCUUGGCAGGAUCGCUGGUGUGUGCAGCAAUAGUGUGGAUCUUCGUCUGUCCCUGGAUGAAGAGGAAAAUUGCAAGUCGUCUGAAGAAGGAACAGGCUUUGUCCAGGAUCUCCGACGAAAGCUUGGAUAAGAUUCCUGAGGAGGAGGAGGAGAGCCCCGUAUUUAAGGAGCUGCCUGGGGCCAAGGGCACAGAUGAGGCUGUGCUGCCGCUCACUGGGGGCAGCAGCGAGAGGAACGCGCGCACCUCCAACAGCGAACUCACCAACCUGACCAACGGAGGCACCGUCAUGCCAAACGGACGAGUUUACGGCCGGACCCACUCGAUGACCAACGGCUGCCUCAAGUCGCCCGUCUCUAACGGCAGCUUUAGCUUCGACGGCCACAUGCGAAGUGACGGCCAAGUUUAUCACACGGUGCACAAGGACUCAGGUCUGUAUAAGGACCUGCUGCACAAAAUCCACCUGGGCCGGAUGGACGACAACGAGCGUCCCGGCGCCACCGCCAACCCUCCCGACAACAACUACCGCCUGCUGCGACGCAACAACAGCUACACCUGCUACACGGCGGCCAUCUGCGGGAUGCCCGUGCAGCCGAUCAUGCGCACGGAGUCUCGCGACGACAGCGAGAAGCUGGUCGGGGAGGGCGGCGGCGGCGGCGGACGCAGCAACAGCGUGUCCUACUCCAAGAAGCGUAUACGCUACGACAGCUACUCUUCGUACUGCAACGCCGUGGCCGAGGCGGAGAUUGAGGCAGAAGAGGGCGGCGUUGAGAUGAAGCUGGCUACCGAGCUGGAGGGGGUGGAGGAAGAAGGGGGAUCCGCACCUUUGCCUCUGGACGACCUGAAUGACGAGGAUCACGAGGAGAAGGACAAGUCGGAGGUGUUUCUGCUUUUCCACUUCCUGCAGAUUCUCACCGCCUGUUUCGGCUCCUUCGCCCACGGAGGCAACGACGUCAGUAAUGCCAUCGGACCUCUGGUGGCGCUGUGGAUGAUCUAUGACCAGGGUGGUGUGAUGCAGGACGCCGCCACUCCCAUCUGGUUGCUUUUUUAUGGCGGCGUGGGCAUCUGCGCCGGCCUGUGGGUGUGGGGCCGCCGGGUCAUCCAAACCAUGGGGAAGGAUCUGACUCCCAUCACACCUUCAAGCGGAUUUUGCAUUGAAGUAAUGAGUGCGCUAACAGUGCUUGUUGCAUCAAAUGUGGGCAUCCCAAUAAGCUCCACCCACUGCAAGGUGGGCUCGGUGGUGGCCGUGGGCUGGAUCCGCUCCAGGAAGGCGGUGGACUGGCGUCUCUUCAGGAACAUCUUCCUGGCGUGGUUCGUCACGGUGCCCGUGGCCGGCCUGUUCAGCGCCGCCGUCAUGGCCGUCUUCGUCUACGGCAUCCUGCCCUACGUGUGAGGGAGAGAGGCGCUGCCGCCAAGGAGGCCCCGCAAGUCUGAGAGGAAGUCCAGAGAGGUGCUUGCUUACUGGGUUGCCGGAGGUAAAGGAAGCAGAAAAAUAAAAAGGCCGUGAGGAGGGUUGGUUCAAAAUCUACAGUACUGUACAUACAGCUCAAAUUCCCGUCCCUAAAAAUGCAAAACGUGGUUGAGGCAAUUAUUACUCCAACAAAAAAAAAGUGUACAUAUUAUUCCUAUCAUGACACGGGAUUUCGUGUGCUCAACCAACCCAUCUCACGUUAGCCAGCUACAAGUGGAGGAAGUGAUGAUGAUGACGAUCGAGGGCUGAUCAGACUGUCUCUGCGUCUUUAUUUUUCGAUCACGAUACCAUACAAAGAAAAAAAAUCAUAAUUGACUACGGAGUUGAUUUUUUUUUUUUGUGUGUGUGUGUGCGUGUGUGUGUGUCUGGAUGGAUUUUUGAUGUACUAUACCGUAAAUCUGUACUGUAAAUACUGACCUUCAAGAGUUUGAGCGAGUGGGGUGGGAGGGUGGCUCAUGAUUUGUUGUAUUUUUUUAAACUGUCGGGAAAUGGGUUAUUCUCUGCACCUUUUCAUCAUAUUCAGAGUAUGUUUCGUUUUUGCUAUUUUUGUGGGAAAUUCAUCUAUGAGAAGAGAAAAUUUGCUCCUUGGUGUAAUAUCGAGGUGUCACAAUAGGUGGCAGUAGUGCGCCGCUUUGCUGGUUGCCAACCACCAAUCGAAUAAAAAGAAGAGGACCUAUUUUGCUGCUAAGUUAAAGGCGGCUGUAUUUGAAGAAAAAAAAGAGGUGAUUCUCUUACGAGUCACCGUGCCAAAGUCAACUAUUUUAAUCGCCAUGACGACUUUUCAAAAGGUGUAAGGUGCAGCGGGAAGCCAAAACUCUCAAAAAAAAAAUGCUCAUAUCUGCCUUGUUCUUGUUUUUGUUUUCUAUCCGUUUGGUGUCACGUGACAAAUGUGCUCCAACGAGAUGCCUCAAUGUGUCAUGUCAAAACAAUAGUACAGUAUUAUUAUUCAUAUCAAUAUUAAUAUGCAGAGCUUACUUAUCACGUGUGUAGCUCCUCCAAACCUGCUGUUUGACUCCUAGCAAGUAGAAUGACCUCACCAGUACUGAUCAUCACCAGCUUUUCAACUGGGUCAUGUGAUCCGUAGAUGAACAAAAGCGUUAAUCUUAUUUUCUUUUAAUUUAUCCGAGCAUAAUCAAGCUGCUUUUGGUGUUUUGUUUCGGGGUUUUUUUUUUUCAAUUUAAUUUUAAUUUUUAAACAUGAACAAAUGUUUGCUUACGUGGUAGCCACUUGCCUUUUGUGACACGCUGUGUUUCCUUCGUGCUCAAUCAUUUCGUACUGUGGUGUUUACAUUGUAAACUACCAAAGAGUAUUAGGGCCAGUUGAAAAAUAGAUAAUCGCUCUCCGAGAUUAAGAUAAGAUAAGAAGAUCGGAGUUUUACAAGAAUGGAGUUGGAUAUUUUUGGUAAUCUAUAAAAAAAAGACAUUUAAAAACAAAUAUAGAAUACUGUAUAUAUAACUUAGGGAAAUAUGAAUUAGUAAAAAAAUGUAGGAAUUUUUUUUUUAAAGAAAGACUUCUUUAAUGAAAAUAUUAUUUUGUUCGUUCAACUAAAAUGUAAAAUAUCUAGCUCUGGUAAAAAUGACUACCGGUACAGCUUGAAAAUGUAAGACUUAAUUUAUAAAGUAUACAACUUAACUAUCACAGAAAUACAUCCUAAUUAUUGAAAAUAAGUGACUUUACUCUUGAAAAUAUGAGUUUCUUAAAACUUUUUUCCUAAAAAUCGGAUGCAUUGAAAAAAAACAUAACUGUCGUAAUAUUGUGUAAUAUUACAACUAAUCUAAAAGAAACACCGAAUUCUCAUAAUAUUGACUAAUAUUGAAAGUAUACAACUUUAAUCUCAAACAUAUACUG